AUGUUUUCACACUUGCAAAGUCGCAUACAAGCAGAAGAACGCCAGCAAAAGCAGAAUUCCCGAGGCGCAUGGAACAAAAAGCACAAAAAAUCACCCAUCCCGCCAUCCUCCGACCCCCGCGGCUGGGACUUCCGCUCCGAAUCCGACCGGCAGCUCGUGCCCGAUGGGUGGGCGACCAUCGUCCCUGAACCCUUUGAGCAAUCCACAGCCGCCAUCCCCCUCGAACCGGCCAAAAUCCCGCGACUAGCCCACGGCCUCGAAAAAGUGCUCGAACGGCCGGGGAUACAUUACCUGAAAGACCCAGAGACCGGCGAGUACAAUUUCGACCCAUGGCUGGAGAAUAUCUGUCAGCCGGAGGACUUCGACUAUACGAAAUUGCCUGAGUACAUGAUUGCAUCCACCGACACGAAUGCGCAUCAGAUUGCAAGGAAGCACGGGGCGCGGUACGUCUCCUCCACGUCCUCCAUCACCAGCCUGGUCGCCAAAAUGUACCUACACAUCUCGGAGGAGCGGCCGCCCAACAUCGCCUCCUUCUCGCACGCUCUGGACGGCGAACCACACACCUUCACCAAAACCCAGCGCCUCCCCACAUCCGCCCUUCUGAAAAGCCUGGGCGACGGGCUGUAUGCCGUCGACGCCGACAAGUCUGCUCAAGGAGACAACGGGAACAUCAUGCAGAUUCUGGGAAAAUCGAUGGAGCUAAUGCUGACGGCCCCCCCGGAGAGGUUUGAGAAGUUUACGGUCGCGAAUUCGGCCAAUCUGAAACCUGAGGAGUUGGAUGAGGAUUACCAUCGGUUUACGAAGCUGGACAAGUUCAUGUUAAGGGCGCAGAUGGAUUGUUAUGAUGAGCGGCUGCCGUACAAGACGUUCGAUUUGAAGACGAGGGCCACCUUGGCUGUUCGGAUGGAUCCGGCGGGGUAUAAGGAAAAUCUCGACUACAUCCUCAACAAAGAAGAAGGCCUCAUCAACUCCUUCGAACGCGAAGACUACGACAUGCUCCGCUCCGCCUUCCUCAAAUACUCCUUCCAAGCCCGGAUCGGCGGCAUGGACGGCAUCUUCGUCUGCUACCACAACACCUCCACCGUCUUUGGGUUCCAAUACUUCCCCAUCGCAGACAUGGACCGUUUGCUGUUCGGCACCCCGGAAUUCGGCCAGCAAAGUUUCGACAUCUCCCUCAAACUCCUUGGGCGGUUGCUGGACGCCGUGACCAACGCGUUCCCGGACACGGAUACCCGCGUGACGAUGGGGAGGGGCAUCGAUGGCAAAUUCCACACGUUUGCGGAACCCGUCUCCAUCCCCGCCCUGACCAACAUCCCCGAGCCCACGGCGCCACCCAUGAAAUGGACCCUCCACACCGCGUCCAAGAUCAACGACGAGUUCACCACGCCCCUCUUCUUCACCCCCCCGGACAAGUGGACCGUGCAUUAUAACCUUGUCAAGAGCCCGCAUUCGGGGAGGAGGUUGAGCGAGGAGUGUGAGAAGUUUAGGGAGCUUGCUAGUGGGGAGAAACGGGGUCCGGACGGGAAGAAGGAGAGGGGGAGGAAUUUCAAGUUUAUUGAUUCGUUGAGGAGGAUGGCGGGGUUGCCGCGCAUUGACAGGGGGCUGGGGGAGGCGGGGGAGAGGGAGGAGGGGGGGUGGGAAAGGGAGAGGGAGCGGGAGAGGGGGAGGGAGAGGUUUGAGCGGGAGCGAGUUGGGAGGUGA